AUUCGCACAGACGCAAGUUGCACUCCGACGUAGCGAAUCCUGGAAGACGCUCGUCUUCCAUCAGCGCUAUAUUAAAUAAAUAAACUCUUUCUCACUUUCACUUCUGUGCUUCUCCUUCCUUCAUAAUGAAAUUCAUGAUCGUAGCCGCUUGUUUAGCGCUAGCGUGCGGCGCGCACGCGUCCGGCUGGCAGGGCCCGCCCGCCAACAUCGCGCUGUCCCAGGACGGGCGCAACAUCCUCGACACGCCCGAGGUGGCGCAGGCCCGCGCCGCGCACCUGUCCGCCCUGCAGCAGGCCGCUCAGAGCAACCCCAACCCCCAGGACGACGGUUCCUACGACCCCCGCUGGGACAACGAGGAGUACUGGCAGCAGGCCGGCAACCAGAACAAGUGGAACCAGCCCGCCGCCCAGAACUGGAACGCUCCUGCCGCCCAGAACUGGAACGCCCCCGCCGCCCAGAACUGGAACGCCGCGCCCGCCGCUCCCACCUGGAACGCCGGCGCCCCCGCGCCCGUCGCUGAGACCCCCGAAGUCGCCCAGGCCCGCGCCGCCCACCUCGCCGCCCUCAACGCCGCCAACUCCGCUCCCCAAAACCAGCAGUGGAACGCCCCCGCCCAGCAGUCGUGGAACGCCCCCGCUCCCCAGCAGUCGUGGAACGCCCCCGCUCCCCAGCAGUGGAACGGCGCCCCCUCCUGGCAGGGCCAGCCCGCCCAGAUCAGACUAGCGCAAAACGGCGCCGGCAUCCUGGAGACCCCCGAGGUGGCCGCCGCGCGCGCCGCUCACCUGGCCGCCCACGCGCAGGCCGCCCACACCGCCCCCGCCCACCCUCAGCAGCGCUGGUGAACGUAGACUCUCCUCUUCUUCACUUCUAGGGUUUGCUGGACCUCUCGAGCAUGUCACCUGCGCUCCGAGUGGACGCGAGAAGAUGACAUUCUAGAGACACGUCGGAACACCCUCCUUUCCUAGAUCUCCUCUUCGUUUAGGUAUUUUUUUCUGAGUGCUAGUGCGUCAGCCAACUUUCUUCCUAUGGCCUAUUGUUAUACCUUUGUAAAAAUCGAACAUUUUGUACAUAAUAUAUAAUUUUAUACAUGUGUAAUAAACGACACGAGACGGAAAAUUU